AGUGUCUAUUUGGUUUAGAAGUGAGGAUAAAAUUUAUAUGGAUUCUAAGAUCAGCUGUGUCUUUCUUGAGAUGUUCAGUGAAGUAAGUCAUGCUUAAUGGCCCGAGUGUGUUUACAGUAGAGGAUAUCUACUUUUGCAAUUGUAUCAAAAGAGAGUUACAGGAAAUAAUGUACUUCUCCUUCAAGCUAAAGUGCUCUCACCAAAGCAUUAAAGUAUGCUAAAGACGAAUGUGAUCAUGGCUCUGUUACACCUUUCUUUUAGCAGAUAAAGAGAUUAAAGCAAAUCCGUAGAUAAAUCCCCGCGCCAAGUAAUUUUUUCCUUUUUUUUUUUUGUUAUUGUCUCAAUGGAUAAAAAGCAGCACAGUAAUGUAGGCGAUGUAGACGACUUACCUCCACCAUCCUAUGAAGAAGUGAUUAACCCACCAUUUAACCCAAACUACUCUGCUUCCUCUUCAACUGCACAGCCUCAACCUCAACCUUCAAUCUCACGGCCCAUCUACCCACAGUUACCUUCACCACCUCCUGCAGUUCAACAUCACGUGAGAUAUCAAACAAUAGAGAUACCUAUGCCAGUGCAAACACAAAGAAGAAGAAUGUUGAUGGAACGAAGACAGUUUCCGAUAGCAGCCGUCUUCUUUCUUUUUGGCUGGUUUUGCCCGCCCUUGUGGAUACUUGGUGCCUGCUGCUGUGCGGGUAGUAGAAACGAAUAUGAAGCCUGGUGGGGUAAAGUGAAUUUUGUGAUGGCUGUCGCAUUACUUGUAUCGUCCAUAUUUUAUUCUAUAUUUACCUGUCUUCAGUAUUACUAAAGAAUAAGACUCUUUAUUCUUCUUCUUUUUUUUUAUUGUUUGUUGACAGACAAAUGACAUAAGCAUUUGCUUAUAUUUAAAAAUAAUAAUAAUUCUGUGCAUAUAAAUAUAAUAUCAUGUGAAGUUACAGGCUUUCAUUUUAUACAAGAUGUAUAUACUUUAGAACGUCGUCAAGAAGUGUAUCUAUACUAUCUUCUUCAUUCAGCUGAUAUAUAGACUUUAUUCAUAUUCAUCAUACUUUCAUCUCUUAAAAAGAACGUAUUUUAAU